GUACCCCUCAAAACCCAUAGGGGACCCUUUGGGCAUGGCCACGGCGAGCCAUGUGGAAUGGCUGCGCGCUCGCUUCCGGGAAGAGCUGGUUCUCAUGGAGCAGCGCCAGGCGGCGCUGCUGGCUGAGCUGAAGGCCUUCGAGGAGAGCGAGUCUGACUCCCCGGACGUGCCCACACCAGUUCUGGCUGUGGAGUUCCAGGUCGCAGCCCUUCUCAAGGAAGCGGAGGCGCAGCCGGAGAAGCCGAAGUCGGAGAAGUCAGAGGCGGAGAAGCAAUCGGAGCAGAAGGAAGCCAAGCCGCAGGCGGAAACGCCGAAGGAUGCAGCGAGGCCGUCGCUGGAACGAUCGAACACGGUGCUGCGCGCGAUACGGAAGGCUCGGGCCCCUGCCAACCUUCAGGAGUCCUUGAAGGGCAAUAAGCUUGGAGUCCCUUGUUGGCAUCCAGACCGACUCGUGCGAUCCACUGGCUUCGAAGUCUUUUUCUCCUUCCUGAUCCUUUUGCAGGCCAUUUGCCUGGCCAUAGAGACGCAGCAAAGCGGCCUGGAUUGGGGCUACAAAUUGGGCUAUGAAGGCUACCUGGCCCCUGCCAGUGAGAUUUGGCCCGGCGUGCCCGCCGUGCUGCAGGCGGUGGAAAUCUUAUUCGGCACCCUCUUCUGCCUGGAGUGCAUUCUGAAGGGUGUGGCUUACCGCUUGGGCUUUUUCCGGGAGUUUUGGAACUGGUUCGAUCUUUGCUUGGUGCUGCUGUGGAUCUUUGAUACUGUCCUGGUGGUGGUUCCUGUGGAAAGUCCUGCGCUGCGGCUGAUUCGGUUAGUUCGCCUCCUCCGCUUGGUCAAGUUGGUGCGGGCAGUCCAGGGCUUCGACUCCUUGAUCGUCAUGACCACGGCUUUGAAGGAUAGUGUCAAUGCCCUUUUCUGGGUGGCCAUGAUUAUGUUGGUGGUGGAGAUGAUGUUCGCCCUCCUGCUGAACCAGGUGCUGAUGGGAAUGGUGUUUGAUUCUGGGUCGCACUAUACUCCAGAGGAGCAGGAGCUGCUGUUCAAAUAUUUUGGCACCUUUCCACGCGCAAUGUUGACGAUGUUUCAAUUCACAUUGGGCACCUGGGCGGAAGUGGGACGCCUUCUUCAAGAGACGGUCAGCCCGAACUUCAACAUCUUUACCAUCCUGCAUAAAGUGAUUGUUGGUUUCGCCUGCAUCGGCGUGAUCAAUGGCGUCUUCAUGCAGGAGACGAUGCGGGUUGCACAGUCAGACGACAUCAUCAUGAUGCGCGACGUGGCUAGACAAGAGAAGCUCCACGCCCAGAAGAUGCGAGCAUUCUUCCGCUAUGCCGAUCACUCCAAGGACGCCCACAUCACCCGGGAAGAGUGGCUAAAGGUUCUACAAGGUGGCCAUGCCCAGAACUGGUUCGCAGCGCAGGGUCUCAAGGUGGAGGAGGCGGAUGCCGUUUUCUCUUUGCUGGACCAGGACAAUAGCCAAGGCAUCAGCAUGCACGAGCUCGUGGCCGGUGUCAGACAUCUCCAAGGUCCAGCGAGGAGCCUAGACCUGGUCAUGCUCAAGGAGAGUCACGAGAAGCUGUUGAACCUCACUCAGUCCGUGCUUGCACGCCUUGAAGAGCCCGACACCAAACUUUCCUUGUAGCCGUUUCGUCGCACAGAUCGGAAGCGGCGCAUGUGUUUGGCGUGUUC